AUGGGAUCAACUUGCAUUAAAAUCCCUAUUAAUACUAAUGACAUAAACUUAAAUGAAGAAAUCAUUCAAGAAUUCAACUAAAGUAAGUAUCCAAUAAAAGAAACAAUAAAAAUGGAAGUUGAAUCAGUAUAUUCAGAUGAUGAAAUUUAAGUUACAAGUCAUUCAUUUGAAGAGAUUUAAGAGAAUUUUAGAGAAUCUAAUAACUCUAUGAUAAAAAAAGUGGAUUAAAGUGUUAAAAUUAAAAGCAUUCUGAAAACAAUGAAUAAUUCUCAACUUGUAAAAACCUAAAAAAUUCGUAAAUCAGUUUCAUUUUGUUUAAUUGCUCCAAAUCAAUAUUAGGAAAUGAUUAAUUGCAAAGCAAAUCUGAGCUCAGCUUAACAGGAGUUCUUAGAAUCUCUAUGUUAAUCAAUAUGA